AAUGAUUGAGUGACUUGCAAGAUUGACUCGACAAAUGCACGAUGCUCGAAAUACUUGCUUCCUUUUGUCACCGGACGUCCUUUUACUCAGGAGUAUAUAAAAUAGCGUCCAGUCUCAUAUGAAAAACGCCUUUCCUUUAGCUGCUCAAAUCGUGUCGUGCACAUGUGAAACUUCACAAAUAUUUCACGUCCAUGCAAGCCACCAAAAGCUGAGGGGACCGCAGACAGCCGAUUACAGCCCACAAGAGGGGUCGAAAUAUUUCGAUGGAAGCUGGCUUGUGGGUGGUCUUCAGAGAUCGUCCGAUCUCGUCCACGUACUGGAAUAAUACUGAGGUUUUUAGAACAUUCAAAGGAAACCAGCUGCAGCUAGUUUAGACUCACUCUCGGAUGCCUUAGAACAGCCGGCAGUCGGGCGACGGGUAUCGUGCAGAUCCCGUACUCCCAAAUUCAACAUCGUUUUGAGAAGCGGAGCAAAUCAUAAAAUCUCGAGCCGUCGUCGCCAUCCGGCAGUGUCUUUAACUGCUGCUUCUUGGUUUUGGACAUUCUUGUGGGUGUUUGUGCGACUGCACAAGGUCAGAGCGAUGCAGAUUCUGAUACUACAUUUGUCCGUAGGCCUGAGCUCCUGGUUUGAGCUUGGAUACAACAAGGACAACGGAGACCCUGUAGUUCUUCAGCGUCCACAUCUCAGCUCAAAUGAUUCUUGUCAUAGCUAUCACUAAUCUACGUGCAAGUAGGCUUUGACGAGAAUCUACUCGGUGCUGGUUCGGUCCAAAAUCCGCAUUUCGAAUUCGAGAUCGACGAUCAAGUUCUGCGCUCUGAUGGAGCAGCUGCAGAUUUGAACACUUAGAUUCGGACUACGACAUGCCGAUCAUGGUCGUCUGAAGCUCAACUCGUCCGCUACCAGCUCGAGUCUACCUCGGACAACUGUCGAUCUUUCAGAUUCGUUGUUUCAAGUGCCAUAAAUGGGAACCCCGUAUAUUCUGUUGUUUCUUACUCUCCUCCAGUUCAGCGGCGGGCACGGGGAACUCCUUAGAAUUCCCAAAAAUGAAACGGCACAAACAGGGGACUCCAAUGUCAGGCUGUACAUCAUCUACAUGGGCCAGGCCAGAAGCAGAGUUCAAAAGACUCAAAUGCUUCUCCAGGGCAGAGUUCUCUCCAAAGUGAUUGGCAGUUCGAGGGCGGCUCAACGAUGCCUCGUCUAUAACUACGUGAAUGGCAUCAGUGGAUUCGCAGCCAUGCUAACACCUAAACAGGCAGAAAAAAUGCGAAGUCAACCUGGUGUAGUAUCUGUGUUCCUUUCGCAGUCUUACAAAGUCCAGACUACAGCAUCUUGGCUAUAUCUGGGGUUUAUGACAUUUGCUGGCAUCUGGCCAGCAGCAAACUUUGGAGAAAACAGCAUUGUUGGGAUGCUCGAUACAGGAAUCUGGCCUGAAUCGGAAAGCUUCAACGACGAUGGAAUGUCCCCUGUUCCGGAUACUUGGAAAGGAGAAUGUGUCACCACACCAGAUUUCGGACCAGAAAAUUGCAACAGGAAGUUAAUCGGAGCUAAAUUCUAUGUCAAAGGUUACGAGUCAGUAUAUGGCCCUGUAUCUGGAGAGGGAGUCUACAGAUCUCCGAGGGAUUCUGAAGGACAUGGCACACAUACAUCUUCAACCGCAGUCGGUAGACGGGUCGCCAAUACGAGCUUACUAGGAUUAGCACAGGGAACAGCCACAGGUGGAGCUCCAUCGGCAAGAUUAGCAGUGUACAAAGUCUGCUGGGCGAAUGAUUGCAACAGCGCAGAUAUUUUAGCUGCCUUUGACGAUGCAAUCAAAGAUGGAGUGAACGUCUUAUCACUGUCUUUGGGUGGAUAUCCCGUUGACUACAAGGAGGAUACUAUCGCAAUUGGGGGAUUCCACGCUGCUGCUCAAGGAAUUCUGGUUUCAACUUCUGGAGGUAACAGUGGACCUUACAGAGGUACCGUGAGUAACCUCGCGCCAUGGUUGCUAACCGUGGCCGCAAGCACCAUAAAUCGCCAAUUUCUGGCAAAAGUUAUCCUCGGUGAUGGAAAAACAUUUAAGGGAGCAACGAUCAACACUUACACGAUGAAUUCCAAGAAACUGUAUCCCAUCGUGUAUGGUGGCAAUAUACCCGCAAAAGACUAUACAUCUGAAGAAUCCAGCUAUUGCGAAUCUGAAAGCCUGGACAAGGCCUCGGUGAAAGGAAAGAUCGUGGUGUGCCAAGUUGGAGGUGGUGCAAGUGACCUGUACAUCUACGAGGCUGGAGGUGUGGGCCUUAUCGUCAUCGACGAGUUUUACAAACAGAUUGCCUUUACGUAUUCGAUUCCAGCCUCCUCUGUCGAUCAAGCAUCAGGAGACAUGAUCUUGAACUACAUUAAUAAGACUAAAUCACCGACUGCUCGAAUAGAGAAAACAGCUACUGUAUUCAACGAAGCUCCUGUUCCUGUGACGGCCAUUUUCUCUUCCCGUGGUCCCAACACAAUCACUCCCGACAUUCUAAAGCCGGACAUCACAGGUCCCGGGGUGGACAUUCUGGCCGCAUGGUCCCCAGUAGCCAGCUUGACUGGGAACUACAACGACGACCGGACAGUGGGAUACAACAUCAUCUCCGGAACUUCCAUGUCUUGUCCCCAUAUCACGGGUUCCGCAGCACUGCUGAAAACGUUGCACCCUGACUGGAGUCCGGCUGCGAUCAAAUCCGCUCUCAUGACCACAGCGACGCCCUUGGACCCGUCCAUCAACGAUGAAGAUCUAGGCUUAUCGGUGGGAUCGGGUCAGAUCAACCCCAAGGCCUUCGCAGACCCGGGCCUGGUGUACGAUGCCACGACGGCAGACUACGCGAGCUUCCUCUGUUCGAUCGGCUACACGACGAAGCAGCUUCGGCUGGUGACAGGAGACGACAGCGUGUGCCCCGAGGAGCCUCCGUCCGUGCUGGACCUGAACUACCCUUCGAUCUUCGUCAGCACCAACAGGACCGGAACGCAGACGCUGACUAGGACGGUGACGAAUGUAGGACCGGUGCUGUCCACUUACACCGUGUCGGUAGUGCAGCCCGUGGGUGUCACCAUUACUGUGACGCCGUCCGUUUUGUCUUUCGACUCCGCCACCAAAACCGGAACCUUUGAGGUGAGCUUAACGAUCGACAUGGACGAUGACAGCGCUUACGUGUUUGGCUCCAUAACGUGGUCGGACGGAGGUCAUUCCGUCCGGAUGCCAGUCGGAGUUGGCCCACCUCUAUUCUAGCCCGAGGUGGCACAUGUUCCAUGACUUUGAACCAAUUAAAUGCGAAUAAUAGCCACUUUCGGCUUACGGUACUUGAACACGACCCCCAUUUUGUAGAUUAUUUUUUCUUGUGACGUUGCCUUGAACCCAUGUUUUCGAACAGGCAACGUCAUAAAAUAAGAACCCAACAUGCUCAAAUCGAGCAUGUUGUAGAUGAUAAACAAUUUCAACAACAGUGGUGGAGGUUUUAAUCUGAUUACGAGCAGUAACUUCGCGGGCACAGUGCUGCAAUUUAUUCGUUAAGAUCUAGGUUUCUGCCUACUGCAAUGAUGUUUCAGCAACUGCAACGGUUAAAAGGAAUUUUAUGUAAGGUGAUAUAGUGUGUUGAGUGACCGCAAGUGAAAAUUCACUUCCUGUACCAAGUCUGUCUGACAUGACAAGAUAGGGCUUAAUUAGCCACAGUUCAUCUGUUCUUUGAAAGAAU